AUGUUUGGCUUAGUGGCAAUUGGCCCACCCGGGUCCGGAAAGUCAACGUUUUGUGCCGGUAUAUCCCAAGCGUUAACUCAACUUGGAAGGAAUCCAAUUAUUGUAAAUCUCGAUCCACACGUAACACCUAGUGAUCUACUGUAUGAACCUACGAUAGACAUCUGUGAUCUGGUUGAUGGACUUAUAGUUGCCAAAACAUUUGAGUUGGGUCCAAAUGCAUCACUAAUCUAUUCAAUUGAAUACCUAUUGGCAAAUUUCGAUUGGCUUGAGACCGCCAUUUUAUUGCAUAAAGAUAAAUACUUCCUAUUUGAUUUACCUGGACAAAUUGAACUAUACACUCACAAUACGGCCCUUAGAAGUAUUUUGGAAAAGUUGACUAAACUGGAUCUAAGACUUGUAGGAGUAAAUCUCAUCGAUUGCACAUUAUGUGCCGAUUCUCAAAAGUACGUAUCAGCACUAAUAUCAUCACUCAGCUCACAGAUUAUGCUAAAUCUGCCACAUAUAAAUGUAUUAUCCAAAAUUGAUCUCUUGCAGCACAUAGAAGAUGAUUUAUUAUUCGACAUAGAUUACUAUAAGGAGGUACAAAGCUUAUCACAGCUACUUUUGGGCAUGAGGGUUAAUGACGGACCCUAUAGGAUGCGCAAUGAAAAUUUUAUCAAAGUUUUGUGCGAACUUGUUGAAGAUUUCGAUCUCAUUUCAUUUUCCACACUAGAUAUUCAGUGUAAAAACUCUGUACUUAAUAUAAUCAAACUCACAGACAGAGCAAUCGGCUAUUAUAUUCCGGCAACUUCAACUUAUUAA